UCGGCGUGGGCACUGAUUCACUGGGGUGUAUGUUUCUUGUCUUUCAGGUUAUCUCCCACACACACCCUAGCAUGCAUUGACGCCUACACCAGCCGGGCGUGGAGUCCCUGUGUCUCUGACAGUUAGCUUUUUUCCCCAGCAUAUCGGACAGUGAUAAUACUAGGUGUGUGUGAUUAAGUGUGUGUGUCUUCAGUGACUGCGUCUGCCUGCGACACUCACUCGAAGUGUGUCGCCUCACACACACGCCGGCACUCACCAUGGCAGCGGAAUGUGUUCCGGAGGGGCCCCCCGACCUUAAGGAGAUGGGUGAGGAAGAUGUGUGGGAGCUGAUCAACGACAACCGUCAUCGUAUCUCCCUGGGUGUGAAACCAUGUAUGUUGAUCCCCUACCUUCGCCAGGCCAGGGUCCUCACAGAGAUGGAUGAAGAUGAGAUCCUCUCCUGCCUCAAGCUCAACAACAGCUCCAUGAGGACCAGUCACAUGCUGGACCUGCUGCGUAUCCAGGGGAGGAACGGUGCAAUGGCCCUGCUGGAGAGCCUGAUGAUCCACUACCCCGCCCUCUACACCCAGGUCACAGGCCGCAAGCCCAGCACCGAGCCCUCUGGCUUCAGUGGCCUGAUUAAGUACUCGGACUUGACGGAGUACCUGGUCAAAGCCUUGACAGGGAUGCAGAAGGAGCUGAAGGAGGCUCGGCAGGAGGCCAGUCAGCUGGGGUCACGUUGCACCUCCCUGGAGGCGCAGCUAGGUCAGACUCUGGAGCGGCAGGAGGAGUCUCGCCGUCUUAAGGCCGACCACGGCCGCAUGAGGAAGCACUUGGCUGCCGCGCACCACGACAUCUUGAAGCUGAAGGACGAGAAGUGUGGCCUGUAUGCGCGGUACACGGCCGCCAUCGAGGAGAGGUCGGCCGCCAACAUCCACUGUAGCGACCUCAAACUGCAGGUAUAUCAGCUUCAGUUUGAGCUGCGCAAAGCCCAGACAGAGACGGACAUUGAGAGGCAGCGCUUGCCCAAGUGCCCCAACCCCAGCGAGACGCAACAACUGCAGGACGAGAUUAGCGCUCUGCGCAGGCAGCUACUGGUGGCCGAGAAAUUCACCCCGGCGCGUGAUGAUAUCCUGGCCCAAAACCUGGUUGAGGCGAGGGAUGGCCAUAUGGAGCUUGCUGAGCAGCUCAGGUGCUACAGAGAGGAGAAUGAGCAGCUGACCCGCGAGAGGCGGGAGAUGGUGGAACAUAAGGAGUGUCUGGCGCUGCAGGUUCAGAAGUUGUCUCUGGACUGUGAGAUGUACAAGCAGAAGGGUACUGUCAAACAGAGCCAACUGAGGGAGCUACAGGCAGAGAGAGACUACGCGUGCCUGUCCAGGGGCAAGGCCCAGGCCCAGAUAUCCAGGAGCCUGGCUGAGAAGGACACGCUGCGCAGCGCACACACUGAAUGGAAGUUUAGCUGGGAGAGCCAGGGCUCCAGCAGUGACAGCCUCCCCUCCAGCCCCUCACCUCGUCCCCGCCUCCGCCGCAUGCAUGCAAUUUGCCCCGAUUCCAUGAAGAGUAACGAUAUCACUCCAAGUAGUGUCCCGUCCCAAAACGUGGAGCCUCCAUGCCCAGACUCACUGCGGAGACAAGAAAAGACCCUAUGGUACAAUCGAGACAGCUCGGAGACGGCUGAAUGUGACGUCUUACUUGACAAUGACUUUGUGUUCAUCCCCGGUGGCAAUGAGGUUGAGCAAUCUGUUAUGUCACCCACACCUUCCUGCCAAAGCAACAACAGUGAUGGGGCAUCAGCACCCCCGUUCCUGCUGCGCUCCCGGCCCCGGGCCAUGCGCAUCACGGGCCGAGUCCUGACCAUCUCCUUCCAGGGGGAGGCGCUGCUGAGCCAGCUGCAGGUGGUGGGGGGUAACAAGACGGGCGUGUUCGUCCACCAGGUCACUGAGGGCUCCGCCGCCAACACAGUGGGCAUUAGUUCGGGGGCACAAAUACUGGAGGUGAAGUAUGAGCAGGCUCAGGAGGCUCUAAGGAUGGUUCUGGAGGACUCCACCCUGGAAGAAGCCAUGUGGGCUCUGGGGCAGGUCCAAGGCUUCUGCCACCUCUCCCUGAGGCCCAACCAAGAUGCCUAUGAGAAGCUCCUGCUGCAGAGUGGCGAGGCCAUGUCAGGUGACUCCUUCUACGUGCGCGUCAACAUGUCGUUACCCGGGGGCUCGCAGGACACUCUGAACGUUUCCUGUAACGACAUCCUCCACGUCACAUGCACCCUCCCAGCGGGCGCUGACCGCUCCUGGAGGGCCAGCCACGUCCACCCUUGCCAACUGCUGGACCUCAAGACGGGCAACUUGCCCAACUACUACAGAGCCCAACGCCUGCUGAUCAGAGCUAUUGAGGACAUGAGCAUUCAACCCAUGGCACUUAGAAAGGCCCGGGACAAGCAGAAGACUGUGAGGAUCGUCAGUACGGGGAGACAGGGGAGGAAUCCUCUGUGGGUCUGUGUAGAAGACAGCAAGGACAAGAGCACUGGGCCAGGGGAUGCCUCUGCGCCCAGAGGCUGUUUGUCCCUCAUGCCCUACACCCUGGUCACGGCCCACUACCCACCCGUCUGUCGUCCGGUCCUCCUGCUACCCACAAUCCUCGGCCGUGUCCUGAAUCAGAAGCUGGCCAAGUGGCAGGGCUUUCAGUUGUGUGAGCCAGAGUUAUUGAGUUCCAGCGAGCACGCUGCCAGGCUGCAGAGGUCUGAGGUGCUGGAGGAGUGUGAACAGGGGGGUCAGCGGUGUUACACCCUGCAGAGUGUUGAGAGGGUCAUGAAGCAGGGUACCCACUGUGUGCUGCCUCUAGGUCUGGACUGUGUACGCCGCCUCCACAGGGCAGAGAUCUUCCCCAUCAUCAUCUUCAUCGCCCAGUCCAAGUCCAGAGCAGCACGCAAACUCAAGUCUAAGGUGCAGAGUCAGGGCUGGUCCGAGGAGCAGCUGCUGGAGUGUUCUCGCAGCGAGGAGUCCCUGCUGGACAAGCUGCCCUGCCUCUACCGCAUCGUCAGCCCUGACUCGUGGGAUGACAAAACCACCCUGCUCACCACCCUGCACUCCAUCAUCUUGGAGGAGCAGAAGAAGAUUGUGUGGGUGGAGCCUGAUUUGUGGUGAUKUUAAGGCAUCAGAAGCAUCAAUGUGAAGUUUGUUGAUGAGSUACUCGUGGCCAAAUUGGAUGUCUUUGAAUUCCUUUAUUUGUCAAAAAAUUAUUUGGAAUAUUUGUAAAUGGAUAAAACGGAGAAGAGUUCCAAUAGGCAUUACAUACCUGAGCAUUAUGGGACAAGGGAAAUGGAUUGUGUAUGCAUGUGUACCUAUGAUAGCUACCUAUACAUAUGAAUUCUGUAAUCAAGGUAGUAGUAUGAGUAUGAAGGUAGCAUGAUGAGAUGUACCAGCACUUUGGUUUAACUUCAUUAAGUUCUUGUUUUAUCCAACCUAUAUUUACUUGUAUUGUUUUUGGGAAUAGUUUUUCAAUUAUCUUUAUCAUAAAGAUAUGAUAGUGUUA